UUAGUGAUGUCUGAUGACGUCACUUCCGCAUGCUACAACAACGCUGUGACGUUUUUCCUCCUUCCUUUCCUACUAUCAGCGAGAAUGAAGACCAUUCUCAGCAGCCAGACAGUGGACAUCCCCGAUAAUGUCGAGGUGAAGCUGAAGGGGAGGACAGUCACUGUCAAGGGUCCCCGCGGCAAACUCGUUCGGGAGUUCAAUCACAUUAACCUGGAGCUCCGUCUUCUGGGCAAGAAAAAUAAGAAGCUGCGUGUUGAGAAAUGGUGGGGGAACCGAAAGGAGCUCGCGACAGUUCGCACCAUUUGCAGUCAUGUCCAGAACAUGAUCAAGGGAGUCACUUUGGGCUUCCGUUACAAAAUGCGUUCUGUAUAUGCCCAUUUCCCCAUCAACGUUGUCAUGCAAGAGAAUGGCACUCUGGUGGAGAUCAGAAAUUUCCUGGGUGAGAAGUACAUCCGUCGUGUCAGAAUGAGGACAGGUGUGAUGUGCACAGUUUCAGCAGCCCAGAAAGACGAGCUGGUGCUGGAGGGCAACGAUAUCGAGCUGGUGUCAAAUUCAGCUGCUCUCAUUCAGCAAGCCACCACAGUAAAAAAUAAGGAUAUCAGAAAGUUCUUGGAUGGCAUUUAUGUGUCUGAGAAGGGAACAGUUGUGGAUGCGGAUAAGUAAAACCUGACUCGCCACUCAAGACAUCAAAACGUUCCUUAAAGCAACUGUCAUCAUAUUGUUAGACCAAUAAAGUUGGAAUAUUGUUUCA